GACUUCUCGCCCCACAGCCCUGGAAGACGUUCCAAGGGUGUUAGGGGCCCGACUUUUCGGGGCCCAAUCUGAGACUCUGGUUAGAGGAGAAGGAUCCGGACUAACGGCACCUCUGUCUGUAUUUUUGGCUUUCAGAGGGCCCCGGACCUUUGCCACCUCCAUCUGACUUUUUGCUUUCAAUUUGGUACCAAAGCCGUGCAGCACGCCUGUCUGUUGUUUGUUUGACUGUUGGUGUUGUUUGUUUUCUCUGUGUUCUAAUCUUCCUUAGAACUAACAUGGGACAGUCCCUAACAAUGCCCCUAAGUCUCACUCUUGAUCAUUAGAAAGACGUCCACGACCGGGCACACAACCAGUCCGUCGAGGUUAAAAAAAAAAGGAAAAUGGCAGACUCUCUACACAUCCGAGUGGCCCACUUUCGGAGCGGGAUGGCCAGUGAAUGACACAUUUAAUAAGAUCAUUAUUUUACAGGUUAAAGAUCGGGUCGUCCACGGACAUCCUGACCAGGUUCCUUAUAUUAUCACUUGAGAGAGUCUCGCCUUAAAACCCCCCUCCUGGGCGGAACCCUUCCUGGACCCGAAUUGGCCUCCCCUCAACCCCCAGCCUGUCCCCUCGGCCCCGCCCAGUCCGCCGGCCACGUCUUCCUCUCUCUACCUUUGUGAAAUCAGAGCCUUCUAAGAAACCUGUCCUCCCGGCAGACCCAAACUCCCCUCUCAUAGAUCUUCUCUCUGACAGGCCCGGCUGAAACGGAGGAGGCAGAGCCGCCGGCCAGAUCAGUUGCCGGGCCACAGUCUGAUAAGGGUUUCUCCCCUGUCACAGGGAGAUUGCGCAAUAAGCGCGAGGUGAUGCCAGAUUCAACCUCCCAGGCUUUCCCACUUAGACAGGGAACCGGUGGCCAGACCCAAUACUGGCCGUUUUCAGCAGCUGACAUUUACAAUUAGAAACAACACAACCCUUCUUUCUCCAAAGAUCCGGUGGCACUCACCGACCUAAUAGAAUCUGUUUUACUUACCCACCAGCCUACUUGGGAUGACUGCCAACAGCUCUUACAGGCCCUCUUGACCUCAGGGAAAAAAAACAAAAAACAAAAAAAAAAAAAACAAAGAGUGUUCCUAGAGGCCAGAAAGCAUGUUCUGGGAGAUGAUGGGCGUCCCACCCAGCUGCCUGAGGACCAAACUGGGAUUUUAAUACAGCUGAAGCCCUUCUCUGAGGGCCCAUUUACAGGCCCUACAGAUUGUGCAGAGAGACGUCUGGAGACCUUUGGCCGCUGCUUACCAGGACAAGCUUGAACAUCCGGUGGUGCCACACCCGUUCCAGAUUGGAGACACCGUGUGGGUGCGCAGACACCAGACCAAGAAUCUCGAGCCACAGUGGAAAGGACCCUACACCGCCCUCCUGACUACCCCGACCGCCCUAAAGGAAGGAAGAACCUCUCAAGAUGUCUUCCAGUAACGACCCCACUGUAAUACCAAUGACAGAAAGACGUCACAGUGACCUUCCCGAAACAAACACCAGUGACCCGGAGACACUGACUGGAGAGGCUGUUGUGUUGAGUUUUCACAACAUCAGCUACAUAGAAACAGUGCAGAGCGGCUUUCCACUUUGUCAGAAGACACGUGUGAUGGAAAGACUGUCCAGCAUCAGUGGGAUCAUGGGACCAGGCCUCAAUGCCAUAAUGGGACCUCAGGAUGGGAGCAGAUCUCUGUUAUUAGAUGUCUUAGCUGCAAGGAGAGAUCCAAGUGGAUUAUCAGGAGAUAUUUUGGUAAACGGUAAACCUCGACCUGCUAAUUUCAAAUGUACAUCUGGUUAUGUACCACAUAAUGAUGUGGUGUGGGGCACAGUGACCGUGAGAGACAAUUUAGAGUUCUCAGCAGCUCUCCGUCUUCCAAUGACUAUAACAAGAGAUGAAAAAAGAAGGAGGAUCAAUGAGGUGCUUGAACUUCUUCAUCUGGAUGAAAAACAAAAUACCAAGCCUAGAUCCAAAGAACUCAGGAAAAGGACCAGUAUAGCAGUGGAGCUGAUCGCUGACCAUCCCAUUUUGUUCUUGGAUGAUCCCACCACUUACUUAGACUUUACAACUACGACUUAUAUCAUAUCAGUCCUGAGAAGGAUGUCGAUGAAGGGAAAGACAAUCAUCUUCUCCAUCAAUCAGCCUCAGUACUCCAUCUUCAGAUUCUUUGAUAGCCUCUCCUUAGUGGCUUCAGGAAAACUCAUGUUUCAUGGACCUGCACGGGACGCUCUGGAGUACUUCACAUCUGCGGGUUACCCUGCAGACUUCUUCCUGGACAUCAUUAAUGGAGGUUUCUGUGACACAGAGGAAGAUGGCCAUGAAGUUGGAAACUAUGAAGAACUUUUUGAGAGACAAUAUCAAGCCACAAAAAAAUUGGUCAAUAUGUAUGCCCAGUCCCGCUUACACAGUGACACAAGAGCCAGACUGGAUCAAAUCUUGGGGCAACAGCAGCUGGACAGGAACUCAGCUGUGGAGACCACAUGUGCCACCCCUUUCUGGCAUCAACUCAUGUGGAUUACCUAUCAAUCAUUCAAAAAUAUCCGGGGUUUUCUACUGGUCACUGUGAUUCAGGCUGUUAUCAAAGUCACACUGGCAGCACUGGUAGGCAUCACUUUCCAGUUCCUGGAAAAUGAUUGUAAUGAAGUCCAGAUAAGAGCCGGCCUCCUUUACCUGCUCACAAUCUUCCAGUGCAUCGCAAGUGUGGGUGUAGGCAAGCUCUUUGUGAUUGACAGGGAUCGCUUUCUACAUGAGCACACCAGUGGAUACUACAGAAUGUCAUGCUAUUUCUUUGGGAAAUUGCUGGCUGACCUAAUACCCAGGAGGCUGUUGCCAAGUACUAUAGUACUCAUAACAUACUUCAUAGCAGGAGGAAGAAUGAGCAUGAGCUCUUUCUUUGCUAUGCUAUUUACCGUCAUGAUGCUGGAUUUUUCUGUCAGCUCCCUACCACUGUCUAUAGGAGCCGGGAAGAAUGCAGUGGCUGUCCCAAAACUGCUUGUGACCAUCUACUUUGUGUUCAUGCUGUUUUUUUCAGGUUUAUCACUAUAUUCUGGAAGCCUCCCACCUCAGCUCUCAUGGAUUCAAUACUUUAGCAUUCUUCAUUAUGGCUUUAAGGCUUUGCUGCACAAUGAGUUCCUUGGACAAAACUUCUGUCCAGAAGACACGAUGGAAGAACUCAGUAGAUGCCAUAACUAUGUAAUAUGUGCUGGUGAAGAAUUCUUGGCGAUCCAGGGCAUCGAUCUCUCAUCGUGGGGCUUCUGGGAGAAUCACCUGGCUUUAGCUUGUAUAAUGAUUAUCCUCUUAACAAUUACCUAUGUGCAGUUAUUACAGGUUAAGACAUUAGAAGUUCUUAGAUCCCGGGGGAGGAAUUUUCUUCAGUUGUUUAACUAAAUACCAAAGUAUCUUCUGUAUGUCUGUAAUUGUAUUCCUGGACAAAUGCUACAUCCAGCCUGACCCAGAGAGGAUCCCUCUGCUGUGAACACUGAUGAACGUAGAGACUCAUGGCUGCUCACAGUACAGGGCUAAGGGACACUCCAGUGCUUAUCUCCAACAGGACACCUAUUGCGUGCCCUCUAUAGCUCAGAGCAUUGUACAGUAGAAAGAGUGCAGGAGCCAGAAUAUGAGAAGAAGGAGUGGAAAUGCAAUAUUGUGGUCCUGCACAGCCAAGGCAACCAUGGUCUGUGUCUCAACUCUACGGCUACCUACAGAAGACUGGAUCCCUCAUCAGCACAGAAGGAGCAGAGGAGAACUCAAUGGGUCCAUCCCCCAUUCUGCUCAACUAUUGGCUACUGGAAGAUCAUGGGGGAGAGGCAGUCAUUGAUUUCACAUGUAUGUUCACAUUUGAGCCUAGAGACUCCAGUGGAAAGUCCGAAACACUCUGAUCCCACACACAGCCCUGUUUAAACUCUGUGGGUCAUAAGACAAAGAUGUGGGUGUGAGAAAGAGACUUGUAAAGAAGAGUAUUUGAAGGGAGUGUAAGGAAAAUGAGAGAGGUGGACGGAGGGGGAAAUGGCUGAAAUGCAUUAUAUAUGGAAUUGUAUAUUUUUAAAAAUAAAAUUAUAGAAAAGCAA